AUGAGUAUAUCAAAAUAUAGUAUUAGAUUCUUGUCUGAUAAAGCUACAAGAUUUGUUCCAAAAUCAGGUGUUUACCCAAAAGGUUAUGCCGUGGGUGGUAUUCAUUGUGGGGUUAAAAAAGAUGGUAAAUCAUUAGAUUUAGCAAUUUUACAAAAUACAUUUAAUAAAGAAGCUUCAACUGCUGGUGUAUUCACUCAAAAUAAAUUUAAAGCUGCACCUGUUCAAGUUUCAAUGAGAAUAUUAAAACAAAAAUCAGGUUCGGGUAUUAAUUCAUUUGUAAUUAAUAGUGGUAAUGCAAAUGCAGUUACUGGAAGUAAAGGUAUGAAAGAUGCUGAAGAAAUGGUUACUGUUACUGAUUCUGUAUUGGAAAAUCCUAAAGAUUCCACUUUAGUUAUGUCAACUGGUGUAAUUGGAAAUAAUUUACCAAUUGAUAAUAUUUUAACUGGAAUUCCAAAAUUAUCAUUAAAUCAUUUAGGUAAUACUCAUCAACAUUGGAUUGACUGUGCAACUGCCAUUUGUACUACUGAUACAUUUCCAAAAUUAGUAACUAAGCAAUUCAAUCUUGGAAAUGAUACUUAUACUUUAGCCGGGUUAUGUAAAGGUGCAGGUAUGAUUUGUCCCAACAUGGCUACAUUAUUAGGAUUCUUCGUUACUGAUGCUCCAGUUUCACCAAAUGCAUUACAACAAAUUUUAAGGUAUGCAGUUGAUAGAUCUUUCAAUAGUAUUACUGUUGAUGGAGAUAUGUCAACAAAUGAUACUAUUGUUGCUAUGGCUAAUGGUGCCGCAGGUGGUGAAUUAAUUGAUAAUACAUCUUCAAGCGCCGAGAGAUUUUCUGCUUUACAAACUGAAAUUGUUGAUUUUGCUCAACAGUUGGCACAAUUGGUAGUUAGAGAUGGUGAAGGUGCUACUAAAUUCAUUACUCUUAAAGUUAAUGAUGCAUUAUCUUAUAAAGAUGCUAAAUCUAUUGCUUCAAGUAUUGCCAAUUCUUCACUUUUUAAAACAGCAAUGUAUGGUAAAGAUGCCAAUUGGGGACGUAUCUUGUGUGCCAUUGGAUAUGCUGAUGUUUCUACUGAUCAAUCUGUCAUUCCAAAUAAAACCAGUGUUAAAUUUGUUCCAGUUGAUGGAAGUGAACCCAUUAAAAUUAUUUGGUUAAUGGUGAACCUGAAAAAGUUGACGAAGAUAGAGCUUCAGAAAUAUUACAAGAUGAAGAUUUGGUAA